GUUAAAGGUGAAGGCCAUAUUACUAAAGGCUAGAUAGAAAUAAGUUUUGUAAAUAUCUUUUACGUAUUUUCUUGACUGAUGUCGGUGCCACUUGAUCAGCAACAAAUCACAGACAAUGAAAAGGGAAAAGAAUGUUCCAAUCCUGCACUGCACCCAAACAGAAUGGAGAAGAAGUAUUUUGUCCCCUACAAAGCUCCACCUGUAGAUACUCAGGACAAGGCUGAAUUUGAAGAAUGGAUUGAACGAUUACAAUUUAUAGCAGAAGAUCUUCAUUGGCUACUUCAACAACCUCAUGAUAAAUUUUGGUGUCAGGUUGUCUUUGAUGAGAAACUUCAUGCUCUUCUAGAUUCAUAUUUGAGAUUUGCACCAAGAUCAUAUGAUGUUAUUUAUGAUUUACCAGAAGCAGGUAGAGAGAAACAGAAGGAGGUACAUCGUUUGGUAUUUAUGACAUCAUUACGAAUGGCAACUCAUAAAGAAUCUAAGGAUAAAUUUAUAACACCAAAGGUUUUUGGCGAAAUUUUAUAUGAGAAUUUUUUGUUUGAUAUUCCUAAAAUCUUUGAUCUGUGUGUUUUGUAUGGAAAAGGAAAUUCUCAACUAUUAUCCAAGAUGGUGUCGAAUAUAUUUACACAGCAACCUAAAUAUGAAGAAGAUCUACGAGCUACUAUACCAACUAUUCUUCAUGUUUUUGAUAAUGUUGUUGCCAAGUGUCAACUGGAAACAGAUUACAGUGCCACAGAACCAAAGAAACUAGGAAAUGUACAUUCUAGUGAAACUCUUUUAACUAUUUCUACAAGUGAUUUUCAGGAUGUAUUAUUUUAUAUUGCUGAUAUAGGAAUUACAUUGUCAAGUUUUUUAGAAAUUUACCCUAAAGGAUGUCAGAUACUGCAUGAAUUUCAUUUUGAACAAAGAUUGGCAACAUUCUAUGAAUUGGUUAUUCCAGAAUUAGUUCAGACUGUAAAGUUAAGAACCUUUGACAGUAUCAGUCAUCUACAUCUGAUGAAGCAGAAGUUACAUCAAGGAAAGAUUUCUUUACAGAAGAUAUUUAAUAAUAUUAUAUCUCAUACCUGUAUACAACCUAUAUUAGAAAACAGAAGUGAAGAUGAAAUGGAAUCUUGUGUUGAAGAUUUUCUACAUACAAUGUCAGCUAUUCUUGGAGAAAGAAGGUUUUUAGCUGACUAUGAAAGUAAUUAUAGUUUUCAAGAUAUAAUGGAUAUAUUUAGUCAAUCAGAAUGUACUGUAGAUGACGAACAGCUGCAGUAUAUUAGAAAUGCUGUUAAUACAGCUUUUGCUACGUAUGGAAAGAGAAAGAAACCAUCUGGUGCAACAACUACUGGUGGUCGAACUAGUCCUGAUGGAUCACCCGGACCUCCUGAUGACCAAGGAGCUGUAGGAGGAGCUUGUGGUGGUGGUGCUUCUGCUAGCUGGGGUGGUGCAGGAGUUGGGGAAGAAUCAGAAACAGCUAAUUACACCAAUGAAGCUUUUCAAGUUGAAGAUUAUGAUGAACAAGUACCUGGUGCACCAAAUGUAUCCCCUGUGGAAUUUGAGUCAAUGAUAUCAGCUGUAAAAGAUUUAUUACCUGAUUUAGGUGAAGGCUUUAUAGAGUUAGCAUUAGAAGAAUUGAAUUAUAGUGUAGAAAGAGUAAUUAACUGUAUUUUAGAAGAUAAAGUACCGCCAUCUUUACAAGAUCUAGAUACAACUUUACCAAGACAGCCACCACCAUCUAAACCUGAACUACUAGUAGAAACCAGACGUAAUAUAUAUGAUGGAGAUGAGUUUGAUGUUUUUAGAAGAGAUGAUAUUGAUAUGUCACGUAUUCAUAAAGGCAAAAAGGAGGAGAAAGUAGCAUUAACUGAUAAAGAGUUUAUAAAAGAAUUUAAAGCUACAUAUGAUGCAUAUGGUUCAGCUGAUGUAGAGAAUAGUAUGUAUGAUAAAAUAUUAUAUGAUGAUGAAUAUGAUGAUACAUAUGAUAUCAAUAAUGUUGGUGCUGAUGAUGCAGAUUCUGCAGAUGAACUAACAAGUAGACGACAAUUUACAACACCUUGUGUAUUUCGUGGUAAAGAUGAUGGAAACGAGGAAUCAGAGAGUAGUGAAUCAGAUUCAGAUAGUAAACCAUCAGAUGAAUCUGAACCUAGAAAAAGAGACCAGUUUGUUGCUGACCCAGCUAAGCUUAGAGAGGCAGCUGCUCAAAGACGUGCUGCUAAACUUGCAAAACGAGGAGGUGGUCAGCCACAACGUAAAUAUAAUGUGGAGGGUCAGGCUAAAGGUCAAGGUCAAUCUGAUGAUGUAAAUCGUAAUAGAACUUAUAAAGACAAACACAAAUCUUCACGUGCCAACCACAACAGACGGGAUAUGUCCGAUAGAAAAAGAAAAUUUUAAAACAAAUUAUAUUUAUUGUUGAUACAAAAUAUUGAAUAUAAAUUAUAAAGUUCAUCA